UUCUACGUGUGUGUAUGUAUGUAAUGUGACAUGCACUAAACUUAACCUUUACGCCGAAUUUUUUCUUAUUAUUAACGUUUUUCAUGGGUAAUUAGUUUUUAAUUCAUUAUAAAAUGUUGUCACGUAUGUCAUUUAAUGUUGCCGCUAAAAAUGUUACUAAAUCACAAUAUUUCAUUAAGUUACAGAAUAAAACUACAAAUCGAUCUUUACAUUUAGUUUGUCAAACUCGAAUACUACAGGGAUCAGAUAUUUUUAAUUGUAAAAAAACAAAUGUGGAAUUAAAUUUUAUUCGUCAUGCAAGUAAUAAAGAGAUUAAUGAUCCUUUUGGUUUCAUACCUGAAGCACCAGCUCCUGAAAUAAUCAAUGUACCUGUAGUAGCUGAAAAUGUUAGUGAACUUGCAAGUGCUGGUCUAGGAAAUCUAUGGACACCAUCAGGUCUUGUGCAAAAUGCCUUAGAAUUAUUACACUCUACUGUAGGACUUCCUUGGUGGGGCUCCAUAAUCGCAUUGACUGUUGUGGUAAGACUAGUGUGUUUUCCACUCAUCAUAAAGGCUCAAAAAAAAUCAGCACAAAUGAUGGAAUAUAUGCCAGAAGUUCGCGAAUUACAAAAUAAAUUGUCAAGAGCUCGACAAGCUGGAGAUCAAAUUGCAGUUGAGCGAUACUUGCAAGAAUUAACAGUAAAGAUGUCUGGUAGAGAAAUGGAGCCAUUUAAAGCCCUUGGUCCAUCUUUGGCACAAGGAUUAAUUGUUUGCUCAGUUUUUUUCGCUUUACGAGAUAUGGCAGCCGCUCCUUUACAAAGUAUGGAAACAGGAGGCAUAUUAUGGUUCACAAAUCUUUGUGUUCCUGAUCCUCAUUGGUUAUUGCCUUUGAUGAGUUGUGGAACAUUGUUUCUUCUAAUAAAAAACUCUACAAAACAAUUGCCAUAUGACGAAAAAACAAUGAAAAUUAUGUGUGCAGUUUUUCCCAUUGGAACUUUCUUAUUUAUUAAGUCAUUUCCAGCGAGUGUUCUUGUGUACUGGGUAACGACAAAUACUAUUACACUUUUACAACAUUAUCUUUUAAACAUGCCUCAAGUUAAAAGUUACUUUAAUCUUCCCGAUCUGAAAAAGCUUCCAAAAAAUGUAAACAAUUCUGACAAUUUUCUAGAAAGUUUCCGUGAAAAUAUAUCAAAUAUUAAACUAUCAAAACAAUAUCAAGAAAGAAUUGCACUUCAAAAAUUAGAAAAAGAUCGUUUCCAAAUGCAAAUGACACAAAAAGGCAGAAGUAAAGUUCCUCAAGAUGUAAGGAAGAAAAAAAAUGUAGAUAAAUUAUAAAAAUUGUAUUUUUAUGAUUCGUUAUAUAAAUUAGAAAUUAAUAAAAAAAUAUUUAAAAUUUUAA